AUGGAUCUUUUCAGACAGUCUUGGACCUGCGUGCUUUUCUUAAUGGCAGCAGUGAUUCAUGUUCAGGCGCAGACAACAGAAUGUUACGUCAAUAAUGACAAUCCUCAUGUAGAGGAGAACAACCUUCCUGGGUAUGUGGUUACCACCAUUGUGAAAGGCCCUGGUGUCACAGUCACAAUUGAUGCCGAAGCAACAGAGAACCCUGAAUUUUUUGAGAUUAACGGCACACAGCUAAUCCUGAAACAUUCAUUGGAUUAUGAGAAUACAUCAGCAAUAUCUGUAAUGCUAAAGUGCUGGAGCGGUGAUGUGGAAAUAACUACUGUGGGCAUAACUGUGUCUGUCAUCGACAUGAAUGAUAACUCCCCUGUGUUCAAGGAAGCUAACAUCACUGUCAGUAUUAAUGAGGACACCAAAGUGAACACGACUGUUGUGCCCCAGGCGGAUGUAACUGCUACUGAUGCUGACUUAGACACAGUAUUUUACAGCCUUACAGGAAGUCCACUGGAAGCAACUGACUAUUUUAAUAUACAAGGAGUUAAUAACCCAGCAAUAUACUUGCACAAGGCCCUGGACUAUGAAACACUGAACUUCAUGCAGUUGACUUUAUAUGCCAUGGAUGGGAAUGCUAAUGCAUCAGGCACUCACACAGCCACAGCGACGAUAACCAUACAUAUCCUACAGGCUGACCUCAGACCUCCCUGGUUUCAGCCGUGCACUUUCAUCGCAGGCAGCAAAGUGUGUAUCAAUCGUGGCUACACCGGCAGCGUCAACAUCUCAGAGAUGAUGGUAUAGCCCUUGAUUCUGAAACCAGGACCUCUCUAUGCUGUGGAUGGGGACAUAAGUUUGAAUGAAAAAAUAGAAUAUAGCAUAGUUGAUGGAAACGACAAUGACACAUUCUCAGUAAACAGAGAUACUGGGAACAUAACAAUGAACAAGCCUGUAAACACUCUAAGAACAUUUCUGUUGUAUGUCAUGGCCUCCCAAGCUAAUAAUCCAUUCAGAUAUUCCCAAACGGUGGUGGAAAUCAGUAUUGUGCGUAGAAAUGACUACAAGCCCCAGUUUGAGAAGACUGCUUACUUAGGAACAGUGCCUGUGGACCAACCUAUUUACAGUCUGGUAAUGGAUGCUGAAAUACCUUUGAGACCCCUGCGGAUCUUUGCUGCUGAUGAAGACUUUCCAGACAAAGUCAACCCUGAUGUCACAUACCAAAUCCAAAAUAGCACAGAUUUUACCGUUAGCCAAGAUGGAUUCCUCCUGACUGCCGUGGUUCUGAGCUCAGCCUCCACCAUAACACUUUUG